AGCAGAGGGAGGAAGAAGAAGAAAAGUGGAAACUACAAAAUAGUGACACUGGUGCAGAUAUGGACCUGCGGUCAGAGCUGCUAAAGUCCAUCUGGUACGGCUUCACAGCACUGGACCUGGAGAGAAGUGGAAAGGUGUCCAAGUCUCAGCUCAAGGUGCUAUCACACAACCUCUGCACUGUUUUGUGCAUCCCACAUGACCCGGUGGCUUUGGAGGAGCACUUCAGGGAUGAUGACGACGGCCCAGUCUCCAGUCAGGGUUAUAUGCCCUACCUCAACAAAUAUAUCUUGGAUAAGGUAGUACAAGGCUCCUUCAACAAGGAACAUGUAGAUGAGCUGUGUUGGACCCUCACAGCAAAGAAAAACUACAAACCGGACAGAAGUUCAAACACUGUUCUGCCAGAGCAGGAUGCAUUUCGGCUAUGGUGCCUUUUUAACUUUCUGUCUGAGGACAAGUACCCUUUAGUUAUGGUCCCUGAUGAGUUGGAGUAUCUACUGAAGAAGAUCUGCUCAGCGAUGAGCACUGAGCUCAACUGUGUUGAAUUGGAGGACUUCUUCUCCCAAGAUGCAGUGCAACAGAGAGGCAUCACUGUCUGGAUUUUUCUGGAGAUGAUGGACACAGGAAAGAUAGUUCGAGGAAUGGAUAGGGCAGCCAUCAGUAUGGGUAUAGAGGAAGUAUACAGGGAGAUAGUUGGUGAUGUCCUGAAAGAGGGUUAUCUGUGGAAGAAAGGCCAACUGAGGAGAAACUGGAAGGAGCGCUGGUUCACGCUGAGGCCGAGCAACUUGUCCUACUACACCACGGAGGACCGCAAGGAGUGCCAGGGCAAAAUCCCUCUGGAUGGGAAUUGCUGUGUGGAGGUGCUUCCAGACCGUGACGGUAAAAGAUGCAUGUUUUGUCUAAAAACCCUCUCUAAAACUUACGAGAUGAGUGCAUCAGACACCAAGCAGAGGCAAGAAUGGACAACAGCCAUCCAGACAGCAAUCAGGCUGCAUGUGGAGGGGAAAAAGUCCCUCCAUAAAGAUUUAAAGCUAAAGAGGCGUGAGCAGCGGGAGCAGCGAGAGAAGAGAAGGCAGGCCAAAGAGGAAGAGCUGCAGAGAUUGCGGGCCCUUCAGGAGGAACGCGAGCGCAAGCUGGAGGAGCUGGAGCUCCUGAGGGAGGCGCAGAGGCAGACACAGGCCCUCCUCGAGCAGGACGAAGAGAGGAGGCGGCGGCAGCAUGAGCAGCUCCAACAGGCCUUGGAAGUCCAGCUCCGGGAGGCUGAGGAGGCGCGAGUCAGCAUGCAGGCAGAGAUGGCUCUGAAAGAGGAGGAGGCAGAAAGGCAGAGGAAGAGGAUCCACGAGCUGGAGGAGAUGCAGAAGUGUUUGGAGGAGGCGCUGCAGCAGGAGAUUAAAGCCAGGAUGGAUGAGGAGGCUUUCCGCUACGCUCAGGCUGGGCUUCUUGCGGACGAAGAGGAGAAAAUGAAGGCGCUGAUGAACCUACAGGAGGAGCAGGAAGAAUAUAUUCUGAAGACUCAGAGGGAGAAGCAGGAGCUCAAGCAGGAAAUGGAGGCCAAGUCGCAGGCCCUGGAGGAGGCCCAAAGACAGUUGGAGGAGGUCAGAGCCAACCGGCACAGGGUGGACCAGGAUGUGGUGGCUGCCCAGAGGAAACUUCGCCAAGCGAGCACCAACGUCAAACACUGGAAUGUCCAGAUGAACAGACUGAUGCGACCUAUUGGACCAGGCGAAAAAAGACCAUUGUUGGGAAGUUCCUUGUCACAUUUCCAGAUUCCAACCCAGAGAGACCCGGGACUGCAUCUCAGAAGGAUAUCCGGUUCGGAGGAUCGAGACGAGGAGUGUAAAGAAAAUGUUGACGGACCCGGGUGCGAUUUAGAGAGACACAACUCCCACACUUCUAAUGGAAAAAUGGAUAUCCCUUAAAAGAACAACUCAUACAAGACAGUGUCAUCUCCAAUUCCGAUGUAGAAACUAAAGUGACUGUAAUAGAUUGCUCCCCAAAUGUAAAAUAUACUGACCUCUUUUUUUUGGAAAGUGUUUUAAAAUGUUUUAAUAAUAAACUGCGUUUGUUUGACCACCGAUGUUUGAUGGUUUGGGACAGGAAACGCCUCAGUGCCUUGUACAAAUGAAAUGGUGAGCGAUUUAACUGUGAUGUAAAAAUGCUGACAUGUACAACUGAAGCCAAUUAUGCAUAUCAAUAUUUCCUAUUGAAUGUAUGCGUGGUGUUUGAUUUAACAUGUAAAAUAAAAAAUGAGGAGAUGAUUAAUGUUAAGUCGUGGACAACACGUCAUUAUUUUCACUUAUACGUCAACAUGACAAAAUUAUGUUUAAAAGCAGAGCUGGGAUAUAAGUUAAAAUAGUGAAACAAUAAUGGUUGGAUUAGUAUAAAAUAUCUUAUUGGAUGUCAUCAACAGUAUCUUUGCAUCAAAUGAUACCAUAUAAUUACUUUCUUAUUUCUUUGGGGUAUGUGUGUGCAGACAUAACAUGAAUGUAUACCUUUAUUUAAACACAAAUAUUAUAACACCAUCAAAAAACAAUCAAUAAUACAAUGUUACUGUGUAUAAUAAUCAAUUCCGGACAUUCCCACACAUUGUUUAAUUUGGAAGAUUAAUAGUUUCCUUUUCGCCGUGGUGUAGGUUAUAGAAUGAAUGGGUGGUCAUUCA